UGGGUGUAUGUUGACGCACUCUAACCGCAUGUCGGAGACGUGGGUCAUUUGAAUCCACGAAAAAUGAAGAGCUUACGCAAAAUGAAUACCGUCAGUACAUCCGAUUUAUGCCUGACAAUGUGAGUGCCAUGCCAUCACGUUUGCUGUUGAAUAACAUCGCUAGCCGCCGGAGGAAACCACGUUAAACAUGGGGUCUGCUCCGAACCACAGUGGCGUUGCAGCAACAGAAUCCUCCGUCCACCCUGGCUCUAAUUUCCCCAUCGCGGGACAUUUUAAGCAUGUCUUCAGCCACGUUAAAUUGGAGAACCUGGCCGCAGGACUCAGCGGAGGAGUGGUGUCGACAUUGGUGCUUCACCCACUGGAUCUCGUGAAAAUCAGGUUCGCAGUAAGUGAUGGGCUGGAGUUGAGACCCAAGUAUACUGGCAUUUUGCAUUGUAUGAAAUGUGUCUGGCAACAAGAGGGGCUUAGAGGACUGUACCAAGGAGUGACACCAAAUAUUUGGGGAGCUGGAGCAUCAUGGGGUCUUUAUUUCUUCUUUUACAAUGCCAUUAAAGCAUACACAAAGGAAGGUCGUCAAACAGAACUGAGUGCCACAGAACAUCUGGUGUCAGCCGCAGAAGCAGGAAUAAUGACACUCACCCUAACCAACCCAAUAUGGGUGACCAAGACCAGGAUGGUGCUACAGUAUAAUGCUGAUGCAGCCAGUAAACAGUACAAGGGUAUGUUUGAUGCACUGGUCAAGAUCUACCGCCAUGAGGGAGUACCUGGACUGUACAAGGGGUAUAUCCCUGGCCUGUUUGGAACGUCCCACGGAGCGCUGCAGUUUAUGGCCUAUGAGGAGCUUAAGAGAGACUACAACAAAUACAAGAAAAUGUCUUCGGAUGAGAAGCUGAAUCCGCUGGAAUAUAUCACAAUGGCAGCGUUAUCCAAAAUAUUUGCUGUGGCUACAACGUACCCAUACCAGGUGGUGCGAGCUCGCCUGCAGGACCAGCACAAUAAAUAUCGUGGGGUCACCGAUGUCGUUAGAAGAACAUGGAGGAAUGAAGGCGCCGUGGGGUUUUAUAAAGGAAUCAUCCCCAACCUGAUCCGCGUCACUCCGGCCUGCUGCAUCACCUUUGUUGUGUAUGAGAAUGUGUCUCGCUUCCUCCUAGGGGAAACCUCCUAGGGCCUGAGAACAAACCAUGGACAGCAACAGGGACAUCAAAUGGACGCUGACAUGGGUGCCACAAUGAUGGAUGCACAGAGGAAAAAAAAAAAUCAAUAUUGCGUGAGAUAUUCAGUCGCACCAGGACUCAGGAAGUUGAUAGUUACGGAAACAGUUUUCACCGUGACACCUUCAAGACUGAAUGAAGUUGAAUAGCGUACGGUAGACUUUUCUCUGAACAUUAAUUUGGGAUUGUCAGUGAAGUGUGGCAGUGUUCAGCACAGGCCACAAGUGUUAAAGACCACUAUCCGCCUGCUUCGCAUUGCAAAACACUCAAACUCUGGGCAGAAGGAUGUUGUUAUAAAUAUCAGGGCUCACAGGAGACUGCAAAGAUGGUCAUCUUUUUCAAAUUUUUUGAAGUGUGUUUAAAUGUUUCACGCUUACUUCGACAGAAUAAUAUCACGUUGAAUACAUAAUGUGUAUUCUGGUGGGCUGGAAAAUGGGAAGCAAGCCAAAGCGCACAUCGCUCUCACCGCACUUAGCAGACAUCUUUUGUUCUCAGGUUAUCAGUGGCAUUUAUAAGUAAUAUUAGUCAAUUCCUAGUUAAAUUAUUGUUGUUUUUGAGGGAACAGCAUCCAAAACAAAAUGCUUGGAGGUGGUGCUCGAGCUCAACAUUUUAGAAACUUGAUAUAGGAACAAUUUCAAUUUCAUUCAUUUUCCACAGAAUAUUUUUUCUUUUUCUUUUUUUUUGGUGUGGAAUGUCUUCUUUUUUUCUCAAAACAAACUUUGCGCUUGCAUUGUUAUUUCAGCAAUUAUUUUUUUAGAUUCUAAACUGACCAUGUCAAUCAUUUCUCGAUUCUCAUGUUUACAUGCAGUUAAUAAAAGUGCUUUGAAACGAUUGCUGCUGGAAAUGCAAAAUUGCAAAUUGUAAUGCACUUUUGAUGUUUUGAAUGACACAGAAAUUACAAGGAGCC